AUGGCGGAUUAUCUACCUCGCGUUCAAAGCAAAACCGAUUUACUGAUUAGCAAAUUCAAUGAACAUGAGGGCGAAAGCCUCAACGUCACCUUGUGGACGACGUUUUAUUCCUUUGAUGUCAUGGGCCUGAUUACUUUCAGCAAAGACUACCAACAACUUCAAAACUCGGCAGAGCACGGUGCGAUUGCCGCCAUGCACUCUCAAAUGGACAUGGUGGCUGUUUUCACCCCCGUGCCCUGGUUCAUGUAUAUUCUAAGCGCCAUCCCUUUCUUGAAGGAGAUGCACCAAUUCCUGAUAUAUUCAACGUCCCAGAUGAACGAAAGAAGAGCGGAAUGGCGAGAAAACACCACGGAAAAGCCAACCGACAUCGUUUCCUGGCUAUUGCAGGCAAUCGAAGAUCGUGAUCCCGCGGCCCCACCGACUGAUCAUGCAUUCUUCGAUGAAGGGAGAUUGGCGAUUAUUGCUGGAAGUGACACUACCGGCGCGGCAUUGACCAAUGCCUUCUACUACCUUACCUCUCACCCCGAGAAAUAUAAAAGGCUGCAGAAGGAAGUGGACGAAGUCAAAUCUAGGGGAAGUGAUACGGUUCAGAUUCCUUACCUUGACGCCGUCAUCAACGAGACCCUUCGCCUCAAGCCAGCUGUACCUGGUGGACUUCAAAGAGUCACGCCACCGGAGGGUCUAACUAUCGACGAGGUUUUCAUCCCAGGGAACACCAUCGUCAUCGCGCCAACCCAUGUAAUCCAGCGAGACGAGCGCAAUUUCGAGCGGCCCCUGGAGUUCUUGCCAGAGCGAUGGAUGGAAGAAGGGAAGCAUAUGCACAAAGAUGAACGCGCGUAUUUUCCGUUCAGCAUCGGCCAUUACGGUUGUGUUGGUAAACAAUUGGCAUUGACGGAGCUCCGUCACACUUUGCAACGCAUUGCAAGCGAGUUCGAUCUCGAAUUUGCUCCUGGGGGAAGUGAUGAGAGGUUUGAUGAAGGUGCUAAAGACACCUUCACUAUAUCUUGUCCGCAACUCGAUAUUAUCUUUAGGAAGCGUGACCUUUCAAAUUAG